AUGAUCAACUUGGACAAACACAUAAAACCUUCCCGGGACUACUACCUUGCCCUCGGCCUCGAAGGCUCUGCGAACAAGCUCGGGAUCGGCAUCAUCAAACACCCGAAAGGCGAGCUCACCGCAACCAACCGCGCGGAGGUCUUGUCGAACGUGCGCGACACAUACAUCUCGCCACCAGGCGAAGGCUUCUUGCCACGUGAUACCGCGCGUCACCACCGUAACUGGGUUGUGCGGGUGCUCAAAGAUGCGCUUGCGGUGGCAGGCCUUGUGGGGCGCGACCUCGACUGCAUCUGCUUCACCCAGGGCCCAGGCAUGGGCGCGCCGCUCCAGGCGGUGGUGAUUGCCGCGCGUACUAUCGCCCAGCUUUGGGACGUGCCGCUUGUUGGGGUCAACCACUGUGUGGGACACAUCGAGAUGGGCCGUGAAAUUACCGGUGCACAGAACCCCGUGGUGUUGUACGUUUCCGGUGGGAAUACGCAGGUGAUUGCAUACUCCAAAAACCACUAUCGCAUCUUCGGCGAGACCUUGGACAUUGCAAUCGGUAAUUGUCUUGACCGUUUCGCGCGCACACUCAAGAUCCCCAAUGACCCCUUCCCGGGCUACAACAUCGAGCAGAUGGCGAAGCGGGGCAAGAAUUUCGUGGAGCUCCCGUACACUGUCAAGGGAAUGGACUUGAGCAUGUCGGGGAUUCUUGCAUUCAUCGACUCGCUUGCGGGUGACAUGUUUGCGGGGAACAAAAACAAACUCUUGGUGGCGGCGGACGGUAGUAGUGUGACGCCUGAGGACUUGUGCUUCUCGUUGCAGGAGUGCCUCUACGCAAUGUUGGUGGAGAUUACCGAGCGCGCGAUGGCACACGUACAGCUGCAACAGGUGUUGAUUGUUGGCGGUGUUGGCUCCAAUGAGCGUUUACAGCAGAUGAUGGCACAGAUGGUGCAAGACCGUAACGGGAGCGUUUUUGCCACCGACGAGCGUUUUUGUAUUGACAACGGGAUUAUGAUUGCGCACGCGGGGUUGCUAGCGUAUCGUAUGGGGCAGACGAACGAGUUGUGGGACACGGUUUGUUCGCAGAAGUUCCGCACGGAUGAGGUGUAUGUGAACUGGAGGGAUGACUAA